ACAUUUGAAGACCAUGCCUUUCCUCCUACCAAACAGUAAUGCACUACUUUGUGCUGGUCUAUUAAAUAAAAUCCCCACUAAAACACAUUGAGGUCUGUGGUUUUCAGGAGACAAAAUGUGGAAAAGUUCAGGAGCAUGAGCGCUUUUGUUAUAGAUAAUAACAUCAGGAAAAAUAACUUGAUCUUCGUACUGGGAUCAACAAAUUGGUAGGAGCUUCUAAAUGAACUCCAUCUUUCACUCUUUCGACCACCCACCCCAAGUUUAUGAGAUGACAACAUGGUGGUCGCCAGCUGCGUCUGUAACAAAGUCUUCUUGUGUCCCUCCGCUGUCAUGGGAUGGCUUUUCUUUUUGUCCAAUCAACUAGCUGUGUUGUAUUUUCUGUGUGAGUAUAUUUAGUAUGCAGUAUUACGCGGCUGCCCUCCCACGCCAACCCUGUGAUCUGUGGUGGGACAAGCUGCCCUGUCAAAACAGCAGAGGCGCCACUUCUGACAUCUAGAAGUCUGCGGGGGGACUGUGGAUGUAGAAACACACAGAGGAUCGUCGAGACGCCCGUGGACCUCUGGAUAAAAUAGCUGACAGGUGCUGAAGAAGAGAGGGGACACUGAAGAUCUUACUGGCUGGCCAAGAGUUAAGUAGAUAAGAGGCUCCUGUCAGUAGUUGAUCACUAUAGAGAAAAAAACAGGACUGGUGUUGGGAGUUUCUGAACCCAUUGGCAGCGAACCUUUCCUGAACAACCAUGGCAUCAACGGGUCUGCAGGUGCUGGGCUUGGUGCUGGCCCUGCUGGGUUGGGUGUGUGGGGCUUUGGUGUGCGCGGCUCCGCUGUGGCGUGUCUCAGCCUUCGUGGGGGGAGAGUUAGUGAUUGCCCAGGUGUUGUGGGAGGGUCUGUGGAUGAACUGUUUGUCUCAGACCACAGGCCACAUCCAGUGCAAGACCUAUGACUCCACCUUGGCCCUCCCCACUUCUGCCCAAGUGGCGCGAUGCUUGACGUUUCUCUCCCUGCUUCUCGGCGUCCUGGCCGUCAUGCUCGGUGUAGCCGGGGCCAAGUGUACGCACUGCAUGGGCGACGGCAAGCAGGCCUCCAAAGCCCGACUGGCCAGGAUAGCAGGGGUGCUCCUAAUUGUGGCUGGCCUCGCCUACUUGACGCCCAUCUGUUGGACUGCCUAUGCCACGAUCAGGGACUUCUAUGAUCCAAAUAUCGCAGCGCCUUUAAAGAGAGAACUGGGGCCCGCGUUGUACCUGGGGUGGGGGGCCAGCGUGCUGCUCCUGCUCAGCGGAGCUCUGCUUCACGUCGGAUCCUCUGCACCAGGCGGAAGAGUGGUCCCCGUCUCUGGAGCUGCAGCGAAGCCCGGCCCGUCCACGGGGACAGCAGGAGAGGUGAAGCAGCAGGAGAAGUCAUUUGUAUGAAAUCACUAUGUUGGACUCAUGUAAAAUACACAGUUUUAAAUUACAUGCUUGUAAAAGCUCCGUCUGUAGAAAGUAUUUUUCCCUUCUACGCAUCAUAAGUCGAAUUUCUUCAAACGGGCUAACUUUAUGUCCAGUUCUACCUGCAGUCCUGCUAUGAAGGCAGUCUGAGAAUAAUGCUUCUAGAUGGGCUUUCAUAGCAACAAUACAUCUUUAGAGUCUCACUAACAACGACAGUUUAGUUAAAAGCUCUUCACACUCCUGGCAGAUUUAGGUUUACGUUUCUGUUCUGACUCGAACUCAAUAGGUUUUAGACCUAUUCUAAUAUAUUGCAGUGGUCCAACUAGAGUCUCGGCUUAAAUUUGAUAUCGAAGGAGGAAGCUAAAGAUUAGGGUUAUGGCAAGUGGGCCUUCUCCCCAUCAAAGACUUGGAGCUCUUCACCAAAGCAGAUUAGUCAAAAUACCAGUGGAAAUGUGCAAAAAAGAAAAGCUAACAAGGAUUAUUUCCAUUGAUUAAUGGGAUGGGUAUAAAUCAUUUUGGACAUGCCAUUUCUUUAUUCAAAUAUAAAUAAAAAGCUUUUUCCAAGCUGAAGUUCUUUUUAUAUUUCUUUCUUAUCUUCUGGCAGCCGUCUGUCACAUUUUGUAUCGGAAAAAAGAAAGAAAGUUGCUUACAUUAAAAUAAAUCUGAAUUUGCCAGCAGUGUGAAUGAUUUUUUCGGUUUAUGGGCAUGUCUAGUUGUGGACAUGUUAAUGCACAAAAAGAAGGAUUACUCACUUUACUUUGAGGGCUUUGUGUUGGAGUAGGAGUUGAAAUGAGCCGUGGGAGGAUUUUAAAUGUUUUAAUGGUCACUAAUGUGCGUGGUUUACAUUUCUCAGAUUCCCCUCUGCCUCUGCCUGUGUUUGUAUUUGUGUGUGUGCAUAAAUGUGUGUGUGGGUGGUCUGUGUAAUAAAGGCUAGUGUGCACUGAACAUCAUCAUAUGCUGGGGUUUUUGAGGAGAAUACUGUUUUUUUUUUUUAUUUAUCAGUGCGCUUGUUCUUUAGACAUUUUUUCUUUAAUGUGUACCUUUAUUCUUAUUAAACAAUAUAAAUUAAUUAACAAUAGCUGCCCCUCUUUGAUGUACAGUACAUUUAUGUAAAAAAAAAGUAAGAUUAAGUAUUUAUUCAUGCAAAAUGUCAUUAUUUCGAGAAGCAGUGGGUUUAUUCUCAUUGUAAAGCAAAUUUGAAAACAAAAUAACUUUGGUUUAUUGAAGCAAUUGGUAUUCUAAAUAAGUUUUGUGUUCCUAAUUUCAUAAUUUUAUGUAGAAUAAGUUAAGAAGUUAAUGAGCAACUACCUAAUUUUGAGAUGUACAUGUUCAUAAUGAUUCAUCUGGCAAAUGUGUCCCCAGUUAGGAACCCAGUCCAGUGUGGUGUCCAUAUUUGUUGCUGAUACUUUAUUAGAUCUCAAACAAACCACUAAACAUGAUUAAAUUGAAGAAGUUAUAUUUAAUAAGGAAGUGUAAACAUAACUAAAAACUAAAUCUGAAAAACAGAUGUCACCUCGGUUGAAAAUAAUUGUAUUUAAUUUAAAACCUAGAAACAGUUUUUUAGAAUAUUGUUUGAGUUGUGCAGUGUUAGCAGUCAUUUCAGUCUUAAAGUAAAUACUCAGUUUAAUUAAUUGUUUCUCUGUAGUAUCCUGUGUUUCUUAUUGGGGGGGACUUUAUUUGGUCACUGGUCCUCAGCAUCCUCAGCAUGUUCUGAAGGUUCCCUAUCCUCAGUCCAGCUAUUGUCCAUGUUGCCAAGCCUUGUGUGAUCAAAUUAACAUUUACAUUUCCAGUCAGUUUACCGCAACUCAUCAUUAGUUUAAAUGUGAUAAUUUGAUCAUAUGAUUUCUAUCUUUAUUUUGUGUAUGUCUGUUUUAAACAUCUCUAAAGCCCCUCGUGUUACUCUUGACUGUAUUUGCUCUAUAAAUAAAGUUUGAUUGAUUCCUAA